CCACCCUGGUAUCCUUGCCACCCAUUCGGUACAAGCUAGCAACAACAUGGCGUGCUUCCCUCGCUGCGCUGUUGCCGGCCCUUCAAGGUGGCAGGCGACUGUUAGCUCACGGCAGGUCAAAAGCCCUGUCUCCCUGCUGCCACCUCUGCUCCGCCCGUCAACUUCCUGCUCCUCACCUUCCUCACACCGGUCCUUCAGUUGCACCCCUCCGCACCCCUCUGGCUCCAAUCGCUGGAGCAAGAUCCGUCACAAGAAGGCCAUUCAAGACUCUGCCCGCUCCAACGUCUUCGGUCGCCUCACACGGGACCUCGUCGCUGCCAUUCGAUCUGGCGGGCCCCACCCAGAGAGCAACACCCGUCUAGCUGUCGCGCUGAAGAAGGCAAAGGAGCUCAACUUUCCCAAGGACCGACUGGAGAAUACCUUUGCCAAAGCAGACAAGAGUGGUGAGACACUUACUGCCGUGACGUACGAGGCGCUAGGCCCACCGAGCGCCCAAGGUGGUGCAGCAGUCGCAUUGAUCAUCGAAUGCUCGACGGAUUCUCCCGGACGGACGCACGCCAAAGUCAAGGAAAUCUUCAACAAGUCUGCCUCUUCCAACUAUCGACUCUCCUCUGUUGGUCAUCUCUUCCAGAAGAGGGGAGUAAUACGACUCGCGCUUGCUAGUGGAGAGGCAGGGAAGUUUGAUGAGGUCUUUGAAGUGGCAUUGGAGAAUGGGGCGGAGGAGGUGAGCGAGGUAGAGGCGGAGAACGAGGCGCAGGGGAAGAUUGUUCAGGAAGGAGGGAGUAUCGUUGAGAUUCUCUGCGAGCCUUCGCAGAUCGAUCCCAUAUCCUCGAAGCUCACCUCGUACAAUCUCCUAGAGGCCGAGCAGCGCACCCUCCCCUCAGGCCCUUGGCUACGUAUACGCGACGAGGAAGGCCCUGAAGAUGGCGCAGAAGGAGGGGCUCAACAGGAGCAAGGGGCCGACGCAUUGUCGGAGGACACUGCCGGAUGGGUCGACGAGGAGGCAGUGGCCAAGCUGGAUCGGCUGGCUUCGGCGCUGGAGGAAGAGGCGGACUGCACAAGAAUCUGGAGCAAUCUGUACGGCUGGCCGUAACAAUACCAUCACUUCAUGACGUGACAUCGCUGUGUGGGGUCCUCCCAUCUACAAAGAGAGCUCGAUCGAUACCUAGUGAAAGGUCAGGCAGGCAGCUAGGUAUUUCAUGCACAGCAGAUCCGGAUAUACAAAGAGAGGGAGACCUGAGGGCGAACAUGACAAGAGUGACAACAGAGAAGGGAAGAAAUGGAAAGGUAGUGGAAAGAUGGGGUCGAGCUGGUGACGUAGUAGGAGAAAGCCUACCGGCGGAUACGAAAGAGGCGCGGGCCUUCCCCAUUCAG